UAGUUCUGGUGUUCUCCACCUCCCAGCAGCUCAAGGUGUGUCAUUUAGGCAGAGGCUUUCCUGCAUUCUGCCUCCACUCCUUGCUGACCCAACCACCAGCAAGGUUGCCUGCUCUACAGAGAAGAGCAGUUGGCCAAAGAUCUGCUCCGUGCCUAGAGGGCUGAGAAAGGAGCAAGGGUAGAGAAAGGCCAAUUCAUCCCUCUGCACAAUGGAAACAGGGUGUGCCGCAAGGACAAAUGGCAUGGCUGGGAACCAAGAAGAUGUGACUUGUCUGUCCACCCCUAAGAAAGAUGGAGAGGAGCUGAAGUCCACCAGUCCCAGUGGGGGUGAGAAGGAAAAUGCCAAAAACACUGGCAGUUCUUCUGUGGAGACAGGGAAACUGAAGAGCUCUAUCUACUCAGGGACUGACUGGAAGAGGCCGAUCAUCCAGUUUGUGGAGUCAGAUGAGAAGAAGUCAACCUACUUCAGCAUGGAUUCAGGGGAUGGGAAGAAGCCAUCAUACCCUGGGGUGCAGCUUGGGGAUGUGAGUCGGCCCCCCAUCUCCUUUGUAGACAAAGGGGACUUGAGGAAACCGCUCUUCUUGGCAGAGUCGAAAAAGACCUUCUUCUCCAGUGAAGGAGAGGGCAGGAGGUCAGUGUACUCAAGCGGGCAGAUGGGGGAUCUGAAGAAGCCCUCCCUCCCUCUGGUGGAGACAGGGGACCUGAAGAGACCCAGCUACAACACCGCCAACAGAGUGUCCGGGUCGAGACCCCGGGUGAAGCUAGAGGAGGUCCUGUGCGACUCCUGCAUCGAUAACAAGCAGAAGGCAGUGAAGUCCUGCCUGGUGUGCCAGGCUUCCUUCUGCGAGCUGCACCUCAAGCCCCAUCUGGAGGGGGCUGCUUUCCGGGAUCACCAGCUGCUGGACCCCAUCAAGGACUUUGAAGCCAGGAAGUGCCCGCUGCAUGGCAAGACCAUGGAGCUGUUCUGCCAGACAGACCAGAUGUGCAUCUGCUACCUCUGCAUGUUCCAGGAGCACAAGAACCACACUACAGUGACGGUGGAGGUUGAGAAAUCGGGGAAAGAGGCCGAGCUCUCGUUGCAGAAAGAGCAGCUGCAGCUGAAGAUCAUAGAGGUAGAAGAUGAAGUGGAUAAGUGGCAAAAGGAGAAGGAUCGCAUCAAGAAUUUCACCACCAACGAGAAAGCCACCGUGGAUCAGCAUUACAAAGAGCUGGUCCGCGACCUGGAGAAGCAGCGGGAUGAGGUGAAGGCUGCCCUGGACCAGAGGGAAAAGACCGCGGUGGAGAACAUAAAAGAAAUUGUGGAGGAGCUAGAAGAGAGGGCAAAGCUGUUGCAGGAGGACAAGGAGACCAGGGAGCAGAUACAUCAGAUCAGCGACUCCGUUCUCUUCCUGCAGGAAUUUGGCGCAAUGAUGAGGAACUAUAUCGCCCCGCCGUCUCUCCCGACUUACAGCGUCUUGCUGGACGGGGACACCAUGAGCCCGUCGAUGGGGCUCCUCCGGGAUGAUCUGCUGAACGUCUGCAUGAGACACGUGGAGAAGAUCUGCAAGGCAGACCUCAGCCGGAACUUCAUAGAGAGGAAUCAUAUGGAGAAUGGGGAUCACCGCUACAUGCUCAACAACUACGAUUGGAACCAGCCUGAUAACGUGAAGAGAUUCUCCAUGUUCCUGACUCCAAAAGCCAGUUUCAGCAACCGAGCGUGGGAAUAUUCCUCCUUCCAAAAUGCAGAGGAGACACUUGGCAUGGGUAACUCUGCUUUCUCAAUGAAAGUAGGUAAUGGAACUAAGAUGCCGUAUCAGUUCUCCCAGAUGGGGCAGAGUUCACCUGGUGACUUCAGCAAACAGUCCGAUGGGAGCCUCUUCACUAAGACUGCUUACCCUGCAAUAGUGAGACACCAAGCAACAAAGGUGCAGCCGCAGACAUGGAAAUCCUCCAAGCAGUCCAUGCUGUCACACCACCGUCCCUUUUACGUCAACAAAGGCAACGGAAUCACUUCAAAUGAGGCACCUUGAAUCCCGCUGUCCAUGGGAAAAGCCAGCUGUGCCAGGAGUGGAGAACCAACCAAGAAUUUUCACAUAUGAACCUGCUACUAUAUUAAACUUCCUGCUCUAAUCUCUGGAGAGGCUGGAUUGGGUGGUCGGCGCUAGAAGAAAUGAGGACUUUUCCCAACUCAUAUUCGGUCCCAGGGCCAUUUUAUAUUUCCCUUGAAAGCUCUGCAGCCCUGGAGAACUGUAACAAGUACAACCCUUGUAGAUUUCUUAUUCCCUGUCUUGCAACACCCUCCUCUGCCUGCAGAGCAGAUUGCUCUACUUCUCCUAGGUGCUUUGGGGAAGGUGGGAUCUUGGAUAUGGUAUGCACUGAGCCCUUCCCCUCCACAGUGCACUGAGCCCUUCCCCUCCAUGUGCUUCCUGCUCUCCCGACCACAUAGUCGUCGUUGAAUGAAUUUGUAGAGCUGGUGAAAGGUGCCAAGUUGGAGUCUGAAGUCCUCUUUGAAUCUAAAAGGCAGGGUCAUCCCGGGAACUGGCAGGCCAUGCUUUGUCUAUGCUCCUCCAUCCACCUGCCUCAAACCUAAUCUGUAGGGACCCCGCCCCCAUCAGUGGAAAGGGCAGCUCUGUCUCUGUGAGCCACUCAAUCCUUGGCCUCUCUAUGGAGACACUCUUGGGCUUCCCCUUGCCAAUGUCCAGUGGUUACCACAUGCUGGACACCACCUCCUCACUAAGGACAGCUCUGAGUCCCACCCACCCAUCUCACAGUGGCCACCAAAGAAGCAUCAGCCUGUAACCGCUUCCAGUCACUCCUCCCCGGCGCUGGCUCCCAAUCGAUGGCAAAAAGGCUCUACAUCCCAUUAACAUACCCCCCCCCACCCGCCCCCGGCCACCGCUUCAAAUUGAAAAAGAAAAGGAAAAUCCAUCCCACUAAUGGAAGAUUGAUUAGAUGUCUUAGGUGGGUACCCCCCGCUUUUCCCCCCCAAACAAAAUUGGCUUAUAUAUUUUGGUUCCCUUAUUUUUUUCUGGAUCAGGAAUUAAUUUUUUUGUUGCUCAGCGUAAUAUUUCAGGGUUGUUUUUUUUCUGACUGCGCUCUGGACAGAGCGGUCGCAUGACCGUUGCCAGCCAGAAAGCAGUGCAGAGGCGGUUAGUGUUCCAAUCAUCCAACUUAGCUUUUCCCUCUGGGCAACAGGGAGGGGUCAUUGUAGCGAUGGAAAAACUCCAAGAGCAUCGGAGCUUGCUGCUGGAACUAAAGGCACAUUGCAGGAUCAAGGCCUGGCUCUCUGACAAUGAUAAGUCGCUGCAGAGCCGAGAUGCUAGCGUGUGCAGCUACUUUUCGUGACUUGUUCAGUUCAAGCCUUCCUCAGGGUCACAGCCAGCCCACCCCUGCUCCCCGCUCACACACGCAUGCAGCACCUGGUUGAGUGAGGUCACACCUAUUGCUUGCUGAAAAUUACUUUGUAGUUAAUCCCCAUGGCAAAGCUAUGUGCUGUUUUUUAAUCUGACUCUGCAGACAAAACUUCUGAGUCUGAAAGAUGGUUGCUCCAGAAUA